AAGCAGUCACUGUAGAAGUAGCUGUCCUGGGCGAGGAGUCCACUUAAUAGAACAGGAGUGAGGAUCCUCGUUGUCUCUGUCCGGUCUCUACCAGCCGUUCCUGUCAGUUGCUGACCGGAGGAGAAGAGAGAAGUCAUUCAUUCCAGCUUCGUCAACAAACCAGCCUGAGCCAACAUGCAGCAAGAGCCUAAACAAAGAAGAAUGAACAUGGAUUUUUCCCAACUGCACACAUAUACGCCGCCACAGUGUGCUCCAGAGAACACCGGCUAUACCUACUCUCUCAGCUCCAGCUACUCCACAGCAGCGUUAGAUUUUGAGAAGGAGCACCAGAUUGCUGCCGUGUACGAGUCGCCCAGGAUGUCACGGCGGAGCCUGCGUCUGCAGACAGGUGCCGGUCACUAUGGCAACGAGACCCUGGCUGAUUACUCCCAGAACCACAGCAAUAGCAGCAGCAGCUACACCAGCACCAGGAGAGAGACACGGACGCUGCGCAGUAAAAAGCAGCAGUCCAGUUCCAGCUCACUGUCUUUACCCUUGAGCCAAGCCGACACACCGAGGAAAACCCUCUCCUUCUCCGCUGCAAAUACCCCGAUUAACAGCAGCACCACCACCGGCGGCGGCAUCAUUCAUGAAGCCAACACAGCGUCUGAUGGCUCUUUGCUCACCUCCAUCCUGGACCAGUCCCACCUGAGACAACGCACCAUCACCACAACCACCACUUCUACUUCUGUGGAUGGACACUGGGGGAGGACCUCCAGCAAUGACCACAGGUCGUCAAAUGUCAACGGGGACACCAGUGCGUCAAAGUCCCACACCACAGUCGCCAAUGGAUACAUCUGCAAAGACUGCUCUUUUCACUCUCAGAAGAUGGACUCUCCUAUCACACGGUCUUCAGCAUCAUUAUCUUUAUCAUCAUCAUCAUCUCACGCAGCAGAAGCUUCCUCAGACGGCCUCUCCUCUUCCUACUCCUCGUCACCUUUCACAAGCAUAUACUCCAGAGACAGGAGUCGAAGGAACAAGACAGGUGUCCUCGUGUCUAUGUCUAACACGUGUGUGCGCUACAGCAAACGAGCCCUGGCCCCCAUAGUGUCCUUAGUCACCCUGCUCUUCAACAAUGUGCUCUGGCUGGGCUCACGAGCCAAGAGCCCUCCAGGAAAAGGUAUCCUUGCCUCAUUUUCGGACUCGAUGAGACAAGCCGUGUCCUCCAGUUUGUCCCAACUGUGGCUGUUUAAGCAGACCUCUCUCCACAGGAUGAUGGGCUACAGGGCUAACGGCUAUGAAGGACAAGCUCACUCAAGUUUCUGUGGAAGCAUGAAUGUGAAGGAUCUGGUGACUGAAGAUGCAUCACAUCUCAAACUCAAUGGAUCCCUGUGCGAUGACUGUAAAGGGAAGCAGCAUUCAGAGACGCACACCGUCCUCCUCACACAGUCCUCCAGGCCCCGACGCCUGUUGGGGGCACUGUGGAGCGUCCUAGCUUACACAGGUUACUUCCUCAUCCAGCCCGGUUACUGUGUGGUGAGAGCGGGUCAGGCAUUGGGAUCAGGGGUUGGGACAGUGGUGCGGACAGUGGUGCAGAGGCUCCUUUCGUUCUUCUGGAUGCUCUUGGCAGCUCCAGUGAAGGCAGGCAGGGGACUUCUGUGGUUUCUUGCAACAGGAUGGUACCAGCUGGUGUCUCUCAUGGCUCUCCUCAACGUCUUCUUUCUGACACGAUGCCUUCCCAAACUCUGGAGGCUCCUGCUGCUCCUUUUGCCCCUUUUGCUCCUCCUUGCUUUAUGGUUUUGGGGUCCGUCCACUGCUGCCCUGCUCGCCUACCUCCCAGCCAUAAACCUAACCGAGUGGCGUCCUGCGUCUCCCUUCGCCCUCCUGUCUAACUUGGUGCCAGCUUCUGCUCCAGUUCCUGCCUCGCUCCCUGUCCCUGCACCAGAAACUCCUGUGGAGCUGACCCCAGCCAGCCCGGUCUCACAGGCACCGCCGUUCCUUCCCCCUGUGGCGGUCUCAAGUGUGGACUUGGAGAGACUGGAGCGCGUGGAGCGCCAACUAACCCUGUUGUGGGAGCGAGUCCAGCAGGGUGACCAGAAGCAGGAGCAGCGUCACGACGUUUUGGGUCUCUACAGCACCCUGAGGGAGCAGCUCCACACUCAGACCGACAAGGAGAGCCUGGGAUUGUGGGUGUCCUCCCUGCUGGAGCAGAGACUGGGCGUGUUACGGGGAGAGCUGGAGCAGGAGAACACGCACAGAGCACAGAGUGCAGAGCAUCAGAAACAGCAGCAGGAGGGUCAGGGAACACGGCUGGCAGAUUUAGAAUUGAUGCUCAGUGCUCUGGCUGCCAAGACUGAGGAGGUGCAACUGAAGCAGCAGCAGCAGCAUCAGCAUGAACACGAAAAGCAGGAAAGAGAGAAGGAGAUUGUCACUUCAGCAGCAAAAACAGUUGCGCUCAGUGUGGGUGUGAAGCAGGAGGACCAUGAUGCUCUGCUAGUGGAGGUGCAGAGACUUGAGGGGGAGCUAGCCAAAAUCAGACAGGACCUGCAGGGUGUUAUGGGAUGUAAGGGCAAGUGUGAGCAGCUGGACACACUGCAGGAGACUAUCUCAGCCCAGGUUUCUUCCCAAGUGUCCUCCCAGGUGCGUAAGGAGUUGCAGGCCCUGUUCUUCGGCAGUGGUGAGCAGGGAGAGGUGCCAGAGUCUCUGGUCCUCUGGCUGUCCCAGCGCUACAUGACCACACCCGACCUGCAGGCUUCCCUGUCCUCGCUGGAGAUGAGCAUCCUGAGAAACGUGUCCCUGCAGCUGGAGCUCAACCGGGCCCAAACCCUGGGUGAGGCCAAGUCCCAAACCGAGACCAUCGUUAAGACCGUAACAGGAACUGUCCAACACACUGCUGCUGCUGAGGGAAUGACAGAAGAGCAAGUGAAGCUGAUUGUCCAAAACGCUUUGAGGCUCUACUCCCAGGAUCGAACAGGUCUGGUGGACUAUGCCCUGGAGUCCGGAGGUGGCAGCAUCCUCAGCACCCGCUGCUCUGAGACAUAUGAGACCAAGACGGCCCUCAUGAGUCUGUUCGGCCUGCCGCUCUGGUACUUCUCCCAGUCGCCACGUGUCGUCAUCCAGCCCGAUGUGUACCCUGGUAACUGCUGGGCGUUCAAAGGCUCUCAGGGUUAUCUGGUGAUCCGGUUGUCCCUGAGGAUCCUGCCCACAUCCUUCUGCGUGGAGCACAUCCCCAAGGCCAUGUCCCCGACGGGAAACAUCACCAGCGCCCCACAAAACUUCACUGUUUUUGGGCUAGAUGACGAGUACCAGGAAGAAGGAAAGCUGCUGGGGCACUACAUAUACGAGGAAGAUGGGGAGUCACUGCAAAGCUUUCCUGUCAUGGAGCAGAAUGACAGGGCCUUCCAGAUCAUCGAGGUGCGGGUGCUGUCUAACUGGGGCCAUCCAGAAUACACCUGCAUGUACCGCUUCAGAGUCCACGGAGAACCUCGGCCUCAGUGAACCAACCACUACCAUUCUCACUCAUAAAUGACAUAUCACAAUAUCUGUACAUAGCUCUUGCCAACUACUUUAAAAUGGAGGGGACUCUGCAGUACUCUUCUUCUCAGUACGAAUGAGGGGAAGACAGUGUCGUUGUGGAUUGUUAAAGGAAUGUGCUCAGACUGAAUCAUGGACAUGUGUUUUGUAAUAUUGUAAGAAUCACAGGAAAGUCUGUAUAGGGGACAGUAAAGGAUCGCGGAAGAGGAAUAGAACCACAGAAGAAGCUAACACUCCCAGUCCCCUCUUCAUAAAAAGGCCUCUUGCACUGAAUCAGCCUGUGAGGGGCGGCAGGCUCCACUGAGCGGACAAAUCCAUCCCCAUUUUUGCCAUCCACUCCCACAGGGAGGUGGGCGCUUGAAAAGGGGAAUUACAGACUCAUCGCCACCAUUUCUUCACACACUGCAUCUUUUUGGUUUAUGUUCUGAAUCAUCUGUAUUUAAUUUUGAUUUCCGACUAUUUUCAGGAUCAGAGCCACUGCACCUUUUGCCUGUGGCCCUGUCCAGGCAUGUCACUCUCUUUUGUUGCUGUCAAGUCUCUGCAAUGGAUUUAAAUUGAGCUGUUUGGGCAGCGUGCAGGACUGGAGCACACUCAGAGUGGGUGUGUAGUGGACAUGCAAGGUUCACUACAUUCAAGGCUCGGCAUCAUGCAUCCACAUAGCCAUAACUUUUGGAACUGAACAUGCUGCCUAAGGACACACUCUGAAUGUUUCCUCACGUGGAGGCUUGAUGCAAAUCAUCCUUUAACUUCACAGCAACACUAUACUCAACUGACCUGAGUUCAGAGUAUUGGGAGGAUCUUCACUAUGUACAUUAAAAAAUAUGUGUACGGUUAUGGAUGGACUCCAGGAUUAAUUCUAGCAUGUGAUUCCUCCUAAACCUUACUCCUUAACUUUUACAUGCAUCAUGGAUUUACAUUAGUUUGUCCUCUCCGAAGGUUUGGCUCCUGUGCCUGGAUCUCAAAUUACUAUUGACUGAUGUUGAAGGCUAAAUAAUGACUGUUAUUUAGCUUUCAACAUCUCGCUUUGAACGCUAAAUAAUAUAACUACUCCUGUAGAAAAGAGUGUGACUUAUCUUUUCUGUUUCUCUAAAGAGGGGCCUCUGUCUGUCUCCCUCUAGCUCAGUUAUAAAUGUCCUCCUCACAUGGACUCCCUCUAUUCUGAAACCCUGAAGGAAUGUAAUCUGUAUAUUUCGUUGUUGAUAGUUGGUCCUUUAUAAUAUCUGCUUCAGUGUUGCUUUCUAAAAACAUCAUCCAGUCAUAAUUAUUAUUGUAUUACUACCAUUCUUUCUACUGUUAUUCAUUGUGGUGUUUUUCCUUUUUUUGUUUUGUUUUGGGGGGGGGUUGGUGAUGUCAGAGGAUGCACUGCAACAACUUGUUGACAAAUGUUAGUGGCACAGGUCUUCAUAAUUUGUAUUUUUUUAAAUCGCGGGUAAGUGUAGUGAUUAAUUUUGGUUGCAUAUAUGGGGAAGUCUAAAAUGUUAUGUAUAAAAAAUGUUUUGUUCACAAUCUUAUUUAUUAACAAGUCAAAUAGUGAAUGCAAGAAAUAAGUUACUGCAAUGUAUAUUUUGUCAAAAGCUGUUCAGUGCAUUUUGGAACCAUCUUGGGACUUUUUUUAAGAUAAAUGGCUAUUUUUGUUCAGUCAUGAGAUGACUUAACUGCUUUGGAAUA